AUGGCCCGCCGACGCAAGAAUCGCACUCAUUUGAAAGGAGGUGCAGCCUCGAAUCCCGCCACUGCAGAAGGCGUCCCGAAGUCAUUCGUGAUCAAGCAUGGCCAGGUCGGGACCUCACUCACUCAUCUCGUCCGGGACGUGCGCAAAGUCAUGGAGCCUAACACCGCAAGCCGUCUGAGGGAACGGGCGCGGAACAAGCUGAAGGACUUCCUUACCAUGGCUCCCGCACUCGGAGUCACGCACCUCCUCGCGUUCACGCUCACAGACGUCGCACCCUCGUUGCGCAUCGUACGCCUCUCUGCCGGUCCAACGCUGAGCUUCCGUAUCGAACGGUACAGCCUGGUGAAGGACAUCAUCAACUCCUCGCGCCGCGCACGCAGCAUGAGCACCGUCGAGUACCUCAGUCCCCCGCUCCUCGUGCUCGCAAACUUCCCGCCCCCCUCGCCCACCGCGCCCCCGCACCUCACCCUCAUGAUGAAGACCUUCCAGUCCCUCUUCCCCCCGCUCGCCCCGCACAAGCUCUCGCUCUCCUCCGCGCGCCGCGUCGUCCUCGUCGCCUACAACGCCGAGAAUGGCACCGUCGACUUCCGGCACUACCUCAUCACCGUCAAGCCCUACGGCGACGUCGCGGACUUCCUCCUCCGCCGGCGCGGCGAACCCGGCCCGGGCAGCGACGGGUACGAGACCGCCGCGUCGAGCGCGUCAAGCGCCGCGGGGGACGAAGGGGAAGCCGUCGACUUGGCGGACGACUAUGUCGGGCGGAAUAACAAGAAAGGACAGAAGAGGGCGGUGAAGCUGGACGAGAUCGGGCCGCGGAUGGAGCUGAAGCUCAUCAAGGUCGUGGAGGGGCUCCCGGGGAAGGAGGGGGGCGUGUUGUACCACGAGUUCGUCAAGAAGAGCAAGGCGGAAGCAAAGGCUCAGAAGGCCGAUCACGCCGCCAAAGAAAAGCUGCGAAAACAGCGACGAGAGGAGCAGGAGCGGAAUGUACAGAAGAAAAAAGCGUCGAAGUCGGGCGGAGAUGGCGAAGAAGACGAAGACGAGGACAUGGACGAUCAAGUUCAAGACGAGUCUGAGGGCGAAUUCGACGAAGAAGCCGUGGAUGAUGACGAAUGGGACGAAGACGAAGAGAUCAGUGAAGUCGAGGACGAGGAAGAGAGCGAGAGUGAGGACGAAGUGCCCAGACCUCCGCCUAAAAAGCAGAAGGUUCGUAGCAAGCGGUGA